AUGGCCUCACCUUGGCGGUCGGGAGAAGCGGCGUUCCGCGCCUCGACUGAGCAAUCUCGGCGCCAUGUCGCUUCAAGUUCCAAUUUAGAGCAGAUUGACGCCUCAACCUCAGCUUUGUCAGAUCAUGAUGAAGAAAGUGAGGCAGGCGACGACCACUUGAUCGCACUGGAAGAAGGCGAUGUGUCCUCCUUCUUGCCUGCCCAGGCCACGUCGAGCAAAGCCGAGUCUAUCAAUGACGCUAAAACGAUCGCACUCCCUUUCACAACGACUCCCCGCUCCACGCCUGGCCAUCGCAAACAGCUCCAAUUGUCUCCGGAUCCAGAAGAUCGAUCCGUAUCUACCACUGGCAGAGCUAGCAGGCAACCGAAGCGGACUCGCACCGAUUACGCAAACGCGGCACCCGAAAGCAGCGUGGCAUCGAGCUCUCAUCUCAUCCCUCGAAGCCCCAACAAUCAUCUAGACCUCAGCCAAACGCUUCCAUCCAUCACUACGCCACGUAGUCCAGCGAUGCGUGUUCUUGGUGGUCUUGCAAGCAUCUUUUCGCCCUUCUCCCGGGCGAGGAACAGCGCAGCCUUCAGGAUCGGAGAGGAGCAGAGUGAGGACCAAGAUCUGGUAGAAGCUGUGGCGAGAGAACCGCUUCCAGACUCGGAUGAUGAAGCAGACGAAGCCAGCGAUGCGAGCAUGGGCUCAGCAUCACUGGACGAGACACAGGUGGGUUGAGAACAGCUCAAGCAGGCAUUGUUUGCUCUCUACUGACUUGCACUCGACGUGCACCGUCAACGCAGCUCGCGCACGACAUUAUUCCUCCAGCACCAUUGCCGCCAUUUCCCCACACCUUUGGUGCGGCUUCAACGCUUCGGCGUAGGUCUCCUGAACCUGCGCCUGAAGCGUCGCGGAUUGUCAGCGGGCCCCAUCACUUCAUCGCGGCAGCUAGGCAGAGCGGGCCUAGUUUCAGCGCAUUAGCCACCCUAAAUGUGCCUGAGGGACAGCCCAGCCCUCCCCACACCUACUCGCCAGCAACGCCGCAUGGCGCCCACAACGCCGGAUACUCAGCAGGCCAUCCGCCCCUCAACGGGCAUAUCCACCUCAGCUCCCCCCUUUCUCGCAACUACGAUUUGCUAUCUCGAUUCUUUGCAGAGAAGGCCACUCUGCAGGGUGCUGGCGGGCCCAAUGCCUCAACUGGGCUUUCAGAAAUCGAAAUUGCGGGUUGCAUGCGUCUCUUGGAGGAAAGUAUGGCAGCGGGUAGAGCUGGCGAGAUUGAUCGCUUGAGAGAGAACGCACUCAGUAGAGCUGGGAGCGCUUGGUCGGAGUCGAACUUUUCUGGAUAUCCAGGAGGUCCGAGCGGUGCGGGCGGUGACAUCGACUUUGUCGCAAGGCGUAGUCCGAGCCUGCCACUUGGAGCUGCUGCUGGUGAAGGAUGGGCGGGUAGCAACCGCUUGAUUAACAGAGGUUCAGCUACCGUCUCGCGACCCUCCAGCUCGGUGAGUGGCACCAACCAGCUAACGACUUCAUUGGAUGAACCCAAUGACCAAUGCUUCUUCUUUACAAAAGUUCCUUGCCCCCUCGGCAACUGGGCGAUCAGACUUCGCAAGGCCGUACGCUUCACAGCCCAGCCAACUACGAGGCUACGACGCGUCGGAAAAUUCGCUGCGCAGAUCACUGGCCACUAGCUUCUCUCAGGCUGCUCUUUCACGUGGAGCUCGUGCAAAUACGGCCAAACUUGCUACUGCUGGCUCCACUGGUAGACGAGAGAGGCGAGCGUACCUGGGACCAGGACUCGGAUUCAAGAAUCCCAACGCGCUCCGCACUUCCCGUGCAAGACCGCCGAUCGAAAACGUCUCGCUGCAUGAGCCGCUUGGUAGGUCUAGGUUGCAGCCAGAGGUGUUCGCCGCCUCGCCUACGGGCGCUCGCAUUGAUCAACAGGCCGAAGCUGGAAAUCCUGGGGAGGGAAAGCGACGCCGAACGGAGGGUCCCAACGCUUCUGCAGCAUCAACAUUGAGCAACGCGGGUCCACUAUCCUCCACGUCGUUGUCGGAGGGUGGUUCAGCGACAGCAAGCCCUUCGAAGCCAUCGUCGGCUCAGACGGCUAGUCCUUCGACUCGAAGCGCGACCGCUUCUGCGAUGCUGUCCAUCCUGUCGUCCGGACCUGCGCUUCCGCCGCCGACACGAACAAAGCCUGCUGCACCAAAGGAAGCCAUCAAUCCGUACGAGAUGCCUGCCGAUUCUUUCCUUGGCCGCAGUGCUAACAGCAGCCCUUCGAGCGGCGCUGCAUCUUCGGCAAGAUCUAGGCGAGCUGCCACGUUGCAGGCCGCAAAGGAAGAAAGCAGACAGCGCAAGCUCAAGGCCAAGGACGAAGCGAAGGCUAGAGAGGAGACUGCGCUAGAGCGGAUCGAGAGAACCGCUCCUAAGCCUGCCAGCAGCUCUCGUUCGGUCGGUACAAGAUCAACGAAAGCGACAGAUGCGGCCGUUGAGUCGACGCAGAAGGAGACUGCCGCUCUGAAUGCUGAGGAGAAGGCUCGUAAGAGGCGCGAGGCCACGGAGGAGGCUAGAAGAAGGAUGAACGAGAUGAUGACCAAGAAGACUGGCGCGACCGUCAAGAGUCCCAGCGUUGCACAAGCUAGGGCAGAAGAAACGGCACAGAAGGACAACGAUGACGACAAUGAUGCGCCUCCAUCUGAACCUACCGCUAGGCCGACGGCACCACAACCCUUUGCUUUCGGUGCUACCCAAUCCAGCUCAAAGGCUUCGCCAUCCGCUCCUGUAGCUGAUCAAGCCCCAACACGAUCUACAAGCGCCAUCGAGCCCAAAACAGCCGCUGUGUCGACUGCGCCCAGUCCUUCAUUCCUCGGUGUCAAGCCUCUGCCCUCGGCUUUCGCACCCAAGAAACCAUCGCCGCUUUCCUUGGCUGCAUUCGCGCCCGAAUCACCGAGCUCCAGCUCAGAGACUGAGGGCGACGAGGCCGCACGGUCGAAGGGGCACAAGCGUCAGGCUAUCACAAGGCAAGCUCAGAAGAAUAACAACAGUAGCAGCAGUCUUCACAGCCAAGAUGAUGGUGAACCUGAAGAGGGAGAGAUUGAUCAGACUGCGGAUGCCGUCCUGCCGGAGAGGCCCGAGUCGAACGCAGUGCAAAGCUCAUUCAGCUUCAGUGCUGCUUCUCGUCCUGCCUCGAAACCCACACCCUCGACGUCUUCGUUCUCGUUCGCUACCCCUGCUCAGAGCGCAGCUUCAAUUUCCGGCCCAUCAUCUACAUUCGCCUUCACCAAGCCUGCCGGACAGCCUUCUACUAGGAGUGCUAUCGCCCCGAGUUCCAAGAUGUCUGCCGUACCAUCCCCGACGUCGACAAGUCUAGACUCGGGCGAUCCGGCUUCGGCCAGACAAGCUGCUUUGAAAGUAUCAGCCGACGCGUUGCCAUCUUUUGACUUCAGCAAGGCCGUACGUUUUGUUGGCGAAGCCAACUCAGAGGACAGCUCAGACACGAAGGCGGCCAAGGAAAAAGCAUCACAAGUCGCAGUGGCUUCGCUACCUGCCUUUACUUUCACUUUCAAAACGCCUUCAACUUCUGUUGAUCUCAAAAUUAGCGCCGAUGCGUCGCCGACGACUGUCCCAUCCGUUACGACGGACGCCUCGUCCAGCCAUCCUCAGUCGAGCUCUGAGGUCGCUGCUGCACCAGCUAGCGACGAUGCUGCGGCCAUGUCGAGCGACCCGCAGGGUCUUGCAGAAGGCGAAGGUGAGGAGGACGAGUCCACCUCGUACGAGGUGCGCGGUAAAUUUUGGAAGCUUGCCAGUGGAACUUGGGCGGAUCUUGGAAUCGCAAACAUUCGCAUCAAGACGCACAAAGAUACUGGGAAGAGCAGAUUGCUGGCUAGAAACGAGGUCACUGGCAAGCCUAUCGUUGUGAGCCCUCGAACAUCGUUGCUCGCUUCGCCAGCAAGGAGAUGGCUGAUCUGCUUCCUUCUGCUCCGUCGCACGCUCUUCAUACACAGAAUUUCAACGUGUACGAAUCUCUGUCUAUCAAGCUCGAGAAGCAAGUCGCAGUAUUCACUGGCUUUGGGGAGGAUGGCAAGCCGGUCAACUACCGCUGCAAAGUCAAGACUGUGCAGAGCGCUCAGGAGCUCAAGAGCAAGCUAGAAGAGUCUGCGCGGGCCGGCACAGCUUAG